CCAGUCCAAAAAAUUCCGCUUCGGAGAAUGUUAUCAAGCUUCUAUCGCGAAUAAAAAAUAAUUUUUCGCAAAAUACAGUGAAUUAGCGAAGCUUUCUGUGUUAAAAUUAUUGUAAUGUAUUUCAUGAGAACUCGAAUGAUAUAAUUUAAUGUGGUGAUAUAUUUAAGAGUAGAUCAAAAUUGAUGUUACUAAGUUUGUGCAGUGGUCGUUGGCGUUUUACUGUGUAAAUUGAAUCGAACAAAAGUAGCGAGACGCCAAUAUGGAUGGACUCCGCUGGUCCCAGGUGCUGUUGCAAUGGGUCCAAGACUCCAAACUUCUCAACAUCCAAUGCGAUACAAUAGAGCAGUACAAUUUGAACGAAUUGUACCAACAGUUCCGUACCCGGAUGGAAUCGACCCUCGUUAUUCGAGAGGAAAACAUCACUGACUUUUUGAAAGUGCACUUUCCCCACUAUGAACUGUUCCUAACGGAGAGCGGUCAAAUUGCAGCCCCUGACCAUUUUUACAUUUUCUCGUUGCUGUUAUAUUUCUCCUGCGUUCGCCAUCCGGACACUUCCUUCCAGCAGAUAUGCAACAAUUUUGACAAGCUGCGCCAGGCGGCUGUAGGAGCAUUUCUAAAAUCUAUGCUCGCCAACAGCCAGCAGCAAAAGAAAAUUGACCGCAUGAUGAUCCAGCGGGCCAUACAGGAUGCAAUGCCACAAACGAUGCUUCCACCGGCGAUCACCGUUUCUUCCGAUCAGCCCCAAUCCCAGUCACAGCAGUCCGUCUCGCAAACAUCUCAGUCUUCGCAGUUAAGCCUUCCCUCCCGGCUUACCUCGGCCGAUCUGCUGGACAGUCCGCAGAGGUUGAGUAACCGGAUACCGCGACUGUCGCCGCCGACACCGAAAACUGUCAUCCUGGACGAACGGACGCGGCAGCUGAAGGAGCUGAAAGCGGUGCUGGAGGCGGAACGGUACGAGAAGGGUUACCUGGAGAUACAGCUGAAGCAGUUGCAGGAUAAGAACGAUCGGUUCGUGGAGGACAAGCGCAAGCUGCUGAAGGACAUUCGUGAGCUCAGCGCCAAACUGCAGUCAUGCAACCAGGAGAACGAAUCGCCCAACAAACAGCGGGAUGCCGAUUACAAAUUGAACCGCAUCCAGCGGCAGCUCAGCGAAAAGGAGGAAACCCUCGACCGGCUUAAGAUUGAGCUGGAAACGAUCAGCGAGAACAACAGGCAUGCGACCGAAAAGAUCAACUACCGCAACAGCCAAAUCACCAAACUGAACCACAAAAUCCUCGAGCUGGAAGGUUCCGUUGGUACCUUGAAUGAGUGCCUGCUGGAAAAAGACGAAAUGAUCAAGUACCUGCGGGAGAGCAACGAAGAUCUACAGACGUUCAUCAAGGAAAACCGGCUGCAGCGGGAAGGUACGGCGGCUGACAAUCUGAACACUUCCUUCGAAUGUAUGGAGCUCAGUUCGGCGGGCAGUAACACUAGCCCGGAGAAUAUGGCCAGUGCGGUGGUCGAUGUGCAGCUGAAGGAAAAGGAGGCGGAAAAUGGUUUGCUCAAGCGUUCGCUUGAGCUGUACGAGCAGGAGAAGGUGCGCGUUUCCGGUUUGGUUGGGCAGUUUUUUCGGCUUUAUGGUGAUGUGGUCGGUAGGCUCCCCGCUGGGACUGGGAAUCCGAGCGAUGUGGGGUUUGUUGAGAAGAUGAAUAUUUUCAAGGUGUGCUAUGAAAGUCUGUUUGAGGAGUAUGGUAAGGCGAGAGCGGAUAAAGAGAUGAUGGAGGAAAUGAACGAGGUUCUGGAGGAUAAACUAAGUCGGUUGAAGACGCAAGUUGCGGCAAAGGGAGAAGUGCUUAGGGGUUUAGAGAUUCGUUCGGUGGAAAUCGAAAAGGAUUUGAAGAUCACUCGGAAGAAUGCCGAUGAAUAUCAGCGUCAGAAUGUUGAGCUAAAAGAGGAACUGCUGAAGCAGAAGCGUGAUUUCCUAAAGUUGAUUUCGGACAAUGAUAAGCUACAGGAAGAGCGAGAAGAACUUUGCAAGCAAAAUUUGAACUUGAAUGUUGAGUUCAAUGGUUUGAAGGAAGAGUAUGAAUCGAUUACGAAAAAGAUCGAUUAUCUGAUGGUUUCGAUGAAUGAAGACUAUGAAGAUAGCGAUUAUUCCUCGUUGUUUGAUAAAAUUGACGAUUUGCGGAAUCGUGUUCGAAGUUUGAAGGAUGACAAAGACCGGCUUGCUGCGAUGAACAUGAAAAUUACGGUUGAGAAAAUUGCUCUGCAGAAGGAAAUAAGCAUCGGUGAAGCUAGCCGACAAAUUCUCCAGGAUAAGCAGGCCGAGGCAGAGCAAAAGAUACAACUUCUUACGGAAGAAGUGGAACAAGCUCGAGCAUCCAUGGUUGAAAGGAACGAAAAAAUUUGUUCGAUCGAACAGGAGAAAGCAGAACUGCAACAAUCAAUACACAUUCUUAGCGAAAAAGUUCAGAGUACUCAAUCAUCGUUGGAUGAUAUUCUGAAGCAGUUGGAAGCUACGGAGCAGUCUUUAGAGUCAGCACGUAGUGAAACGAAUUGUAUUCGAGAAGAGCUCACGGCGACUAAGGACACAAACUGCAACAUGCAGUCGGAGUUGGAGAAGCAACAGAAGACGACACAGCAGCUUGAGAGCCUAACCAACAAUAUAAACCUAGAGAAACGUGAGCUGGAGAACAAACUCGCUUUACUCGAGACUGAUUUACUAACGAAAAGGCAGAAGCUAGACCGGUCACAACAAGACGCAGAACGGUUGAACCAAGAAAAAGCUCAGUUGAACGAUCGAAUACAAAGUCUUCUGGACGAGAAGACCAACUUAGAACGUACAGUUGCCCAACAGCAAGACGUCUCUCAGAAAAAUUUCAAAGAAAUCGAGAAUCUCGCCGCUAAAGUCCAUGAGCUGGAGCAGCUGCUCUCGAGCAAAACAGGUCAAAUCGAACAGCAGGAACGUAAUUGGAGCGAUCGACACCAGCGUGAUCAGACCCAGCUAGCCGAUGCACAGCAGCAGCAGCAGCUGCUCACCGGCGUCAACCAUUCCCUGCUAGCAGGAUAUCGAUUAAUUCAAACUCGAAUCGGUCAAUUGGAGGAUCAAUAUUCGGCUAAAAUUGCUACCCUGCAAAACAAAAUUGGUCAACUAGCUGGUUUACUAACCAAACUGUCCGCCUAUCAGUACAAGCUACGAAUCGAAAAGAGUUCGCUGGAGGACAAUCUCGCUCAGAUUGUGGCUGAGUUCAAAGCGCUAAAGUUGGAAAAUGACGGACUGGAAGCGGAUAAAAAGGCUCUUAAUGAACUACUCGGUGAGGUUCGUGUGGAAAAGCAAGCAGUACACGAUCGAAAUGUCCAACUGGAAGAUGAAGUGACAGAGUUAAAUGUCCAGUUGGAGGUGGAACGAUCGAAAUCUGCAAAGUUAGGUGAUGAACUGGAGACGGUAACGAUGGAGAAAUCGAAACUUUCCGAUGCAGGCAGGGAACUGGAAGCUGACAUGCGAAAGCAGUUGCAUGACGCAGUCAAUUAUUCCAGGCGGCUUGAAGCUGAUGUUCAGAAAGUGGAACAAAUGCUGGCCGAGUUGGAGUGUCAAUUGCAGGAGAAGGUUGAUCAGUUGGACGUUAUUUCCCACAAACAUAGUGAACAGGAGCUUCGUUGCUCUCAAUUAGAAGUUGAAAUGAGCGAAACACAAUCGAAUUUAGAGAAUCAGAAGCAGCUAUCGGCACAGCUAUCGACGGAACGGGCUGAUUUGGAAGAUCGCCUAACGGCGCUGGAAUCGGAGAACAGCCGGCUAGAGUCCGAGCUGAGUGAAAGUCUGUCGACACUCGAAGGCCAAAGAGAAACCAUCUCUCGACUAUGUCGCGAGAAAGAAAGACUCGAAGAGAAGGUCCAGGAACUGGCCACGGCCUUGGGUACGGUACGACAGGGUAAAUCAUCCUUGCACGAAGCACUCGAACAAGAGCGGGAGAAAUCGGACGAGCUCGGUUGUCAAUUGUUGAAAGCGAACGAGAAAUUGUCUAGCUUGCAGAGGGAAAGGGAAGAACUUAUCUCCGCCCAGGAGAUACUUCGGAAGGAGCAAGCUGAAUCCGCUGAAAAAAUGGAAGAGCUAACGGAAUCGAUCGCGUUGCUCGAGGAAGAUCGGGACACGCUGAGGGAGGAAAAGUGCCGUCUGGAGGCGGAGGUCGAACGAAUCGAUGCCGACAAGGAGGCAUUGGGCGAGCAGAGUGGUAAGCUUUUAACGGAGCUUUCGAAGGUACGCGAAAAUUUUGUGGCGGAGAACGCGAAGCAGGAGUCAAAGGUCACAAAGUUGAGUGCGGAGGUUGAGGCGUUGAGAGAGAAGUUCAAAAUUGGUACUGAACAACUGAAUGUUGCUACGCGUAGAGUGAAGGAGCUGGAAGGAACUUGUGAAACGUUGGAACAAUCGCUCUCAGACAAAGGUACGUUGGAAGUGAAAAUUUCUGAAUUAUCACAGAGCCUAGCUAAAUUGCGUUCUGAAAAAUCAAAUAUUGAAUCGGAAAAGUUUGCCGUUUUAGAACAGCUUAAAUCGCAUCAAACGUCGAUUGAUCAAUUAAAGACUGAUUUGCAAGUCGCGACGGAUUCUAAGCAGCAACUGCUGCAGCAAGCUGAUCUGGUUCAAGCUUCUAAGCAAGAAUUGGAGAAAACGUUGAAUGAUUUAACUGAAUCCCACAAAACUGCUUUGGAACAAGUCGCUUCUCUGGAGACGGAGAAAAAAGUUCUGAAGGAUCUAGUUUCUGCUAGGGAAAUUGACUUGGCAGAGAAGAAUGAUUUUAUCGAAACCAACCAGAAGAAGUUGCUCGAAGCGAAUGAUUCACUGAAAAUUAAAUUGGAGGAAAUGGCCUCAAUGUCCGAGCAACUGUUACAAACGACCCAACAAUUGGAAUCUCUCAAGCAAGAGAAAGAGGAUGCAGUUUUGAAGCAGACAAAAUUGCUUGAAGAAGUGACGUGCGACAACCAGAAGACGUUGAAAAAACUGGAGGAAGCCGAUCAGAGUAGGACCUGUUUAGUGUCUCAAAUACAAGAACUGACUGAGAAAUUGAAAACACGAUCGACUGAAGUUUUGAAUAAGCAAGAGCAACUCGAAGCCCGUGAAACAGAGGUUCAAUCCCUGAAAGAAUCAUUGAUAGCAUGUGAAGCGAAGUGCGUCGAACUUACUGUAACCCUUGAAGAAAAUGAAUCCGCCCAAAAAGUAUUGGAGCAACGCUUGCAAUCAACGGAACGUGAACUUGCUACCAAGCAGGCAUCAUUGAUCGACCAAGAGCAGAAAUCAGUAGAACUUACCGAAAGUCUCUCAGACGCCGUUGCUUCAAAAGAAGCCAUUUUUAAGCAAUGGGAAGACCUACAAUCGAUUCAAUUAUCACUGGAAUCUCAACUUCAGACAUUGAACCAACAACUAACCGAUACCCGAACCGAGCUCGCCAAUCAACAAACCACCAUUUCGGCUAAAGAUGCCGAAAUAAACCAGCUAACCCACGAUCUCAAUCAAUUCCAAUCGCUUUUAACAUCCAAAACAGCCGAAUAUGAAACGGCCAUCGCCGACAAGAACCACCUCGAUUUACAGCUGACACAGCUACAAAACGAGCUGGAACUGGUCAAGGACGACAAACGUAAACUUACCACCGAACUAGAAACACUCCGCGGAGACAAAUCCGACAUAGACCAUCGUUUGAACCGUCAGCUGCACGAUUACGAUACACUGAACGAAGCAUUCAUCAAUGCACGCGAACUCAACCAAGAACUGAACCAAAAAGUUCAACAACAGGACCAGGAAAUGGUUGCCUCCAAGGCCGCACUCUCAGCUAAGGAAAAACUGCUGCUCGAUAGGGAGAAGCAAUUGGACAGUUUAAGAAAACAACUCGAUGGAUUGUGCGGAAAGAACCAACAGAUUGAUACACUAAGACAGGAACUGAUGUCGCUGAAAGUUUCCUACUCAGAACUUCAGGCGAAGCGGGACGAACUGCUGGAUACUAUCGAACACUGUCAGGUCCAGGAGAAGGGUUUACAGAACAAUACGAAGGAACUGCGCGAUUGUCUGAGCUCGAAACAGCAGCAGAUCGAGAAGCUGCAGUCCGAACUGGCUUCGUUGAAGGACACUCUGCACACUUUGAAGCUUGAAAAGAGCACCGUGGAAUCGAAUCAAGAGCUGCAACGGACCAAGAUACUCGAUUUGGAGCUGAAAAACUCGGAACAAAGCAACAAGAUAGAAACACUGAAAAAGUCGUUGGUUAAGAUCGAAACCAGUCAUCUGAAGGAUAAUUCGAAGGCUAACAUGCUACUGCAGGAGGUGCAGAAGUAUAAAAUAUAUGAACAGAAGGUUAAGGAACUGGAGCGACUGCAUUCGGAGGAGCGCAAAAUCAACGCGAAGUGUCAGACGGACCUUGCUAUUUUCAAGGCGAAGCUGGAUAAGACUCGCGAUGAGAAGACGAAGAUGGAACAGCAAUGGGAGAAGGAACAGCUGGCACUCAAGAGGGAGCUGGAUAAUGCCAAUAAGACUGCCGACGAGAAGGUGAAGGAGGUCCGAAAUGAGCUCGAGGGCAAACUGGAGAAGAUGAAACUCAAAAUGAAAACGUUAUACAACGACGAGAUGCAAAAAUUAAGAGCAAGCCACGAAAAGGACUGUUUGGAGCUGAAGAAUAAGAUGCAGUAUGAAAUUAAGAAGAUUCAUCAGCAAAUGAGCAUUUUGAAAGUUGAAAAUGAUAAACUGACGAGACAAAUCGAAUACGCUAAAUCGGAGAAUCGGAUCGAAGAUGCACGUAAGUCUCUGUGUCCGCCUCAUCCUGUGGUUCCCAAUCAUCUUCGUUCCGAUUUCAAAAUGGAAGAUGAGGAAGGGCAGGUUUUGAACCAAACCUACCUGACCGACACGCAAACAGAGAAAAAGUCAUCAUCACCGAGGUUCACUGGACGAGACUCCAUUCAUCCGUUGGAGCUGGAGCAACGCAAUUCCAUGGUUCUACCGCAUUUAAAAUCCAACUAUUCACUGCUGCCUGGCGGUGGUGAAUUCGCUGACGACGAUAACAGGGACUCCGCAUCGGGAAUACUGGACGAUAGCAGCACUAGCUUGAUUUCACGCAGAAAAGCCGAUGGUCAGACAACCUAUAAACGUCCUGGACCUCCAACACCCAGUAAAAAGGGUGGGCGCCUCUCGUUCGGAGGUUCCCUACCGACCAACGACUUCCAGUACAAAGAAAUUCUGAAAGAUAGCUCCAAUGGCGGCACACUGGGUAGCCGGUGGAGUCUUGGUGGCCGCAAAAGUAACGUCGGUGCUGCGGGCGGUAGUAGCAUGGCCCUUGCUGAAAUGAAUACCCGGCGGAGGACGCCCAAGAAGUUCUUCCAAAUGAUUAGCUCAUCCGGUUUGAAUAAUCCGCUGAGCAAAGACGAGCCAAAUUCAAAACGGCUACAGAUUGCAAUCAGCAGCAACAGCACACCCGUCACGAAAGUCCGACGCCUAUCCGAUCCGGGUGAGCAACCGCGAAUUGCAGUCAGAUCGAAGCGAGAAUCCUGCAGUGCCCGGAAAGCUAAACGCGUUCCGCCGCAUCGGCGAAAACUGACCACCAGAUUCGAUCAGAACCGUCGAUUGAGUAGCGGGAACAGUAGUAGUGACCGCCCGGACAGCGGCGAUCCAUAUGAAGGAUUUUCGUACGAUGGAACACCGGAUCGAAUCCGAACUAUUAACAUUAAUUCGAUGAAUGUUGGUGCCAAAGCUGAUAGACAAAAUGCUCAAGUGGUGGUUUUCGGUGGAGAUAAGAAAGAUAGCAACAAUAACAGUAUGUUGAAGGAGAUCGGUCCGAUCACUAGUGCUAAGCAUCCGACUACGACGGAUAUCGAAUCAAGUGAUGUCGUACUGCAACUUGGCACCAAUCGAAGAGAUAGACAUCGACGUAAAAGUCGUGAGCAGCGACGGAGAUCGUUCAACCGGCUGAGAAACAUUAAUGGUGAAGCCAUCGUUUAUCGAACGAUGGACACGAUCUGCCCAGAUGAAACCGGCGUCAAUAGUUCCUGCUCAAAGUUCGAGUCAUUAGCUCAGCAGAAAUGUUUGGAGCGACCAAGUGAAAUUCUACCCCGCGAUCACCCGGUCAACAGACAUUUGAUUGAUCCGUUCGAUGACGUUGUAACCAGUUCGACGGGUUUAAAUACGCUGACGAGUAUGCCGCUGUUGGAACGGUUUUCGGAAAUUUUUCGAAUCGCUAUUCUGCAGAAGGAAAGGUUUGGUCGCCAGCAGCCUGCUGUGGGGAAACGGGAGGAAAUCGAAGCAAAAAGCGGUGGAAGAGUGGCCCCUGGUUACGAAGGAACGAAUACGAUGUUGGUUUUUUUCGCCGGGCUAAGCUUUUCGGCACUCAUUUUCAGUAUUUAUUUGCAUUAUGUGGAUUUUCGGGUGCCGAGGGGGGCGUAAGGGUUGUGUUGUUAGUUUAAGCAGAUGUGUGUUGUAGCUAGUGUUUGGUUGAGUGUAUAGCAAGAUCCAUCCACAGUCGAUUUAAACAGUUGUAGUUCGUAGAGUGUCGCCGUCCGAUUGAUAUUUUAGAACCUCUAUAACUAAAUAAAACCUUGAAUAUUGUGAUAUAAAUUUUAUUAUGUAGUUUAUAUGUUCGUGUGUAUUGGAAAAUAAACCGAAUCAUGCUAUCGAAUGCCAUGCUGGAA